GCGCCCGCCGCUCAUUCCGCCGCGAACUGCCGUCCGAGCUGCACGCAGCCAUGAUCGACUACGCGCGCCCCUACGAGAUGAACAUGUGCGACCUGUACCCCCCCACGCCGCCGACCUCCGCACGCCUGGACGACUUCCAGGUCUUCAAGAAGGGCAACGCCUCCUACAUCUACGGGAACUACUACAACAACUACGAUGUAUAUCCCGAACCCGAAAUGGACACCACGGCGAACGUCUACCACAACCUGGUCAGCUCCCGCGAGUACCGGCACGAGGACUGGAAAUCUAAAGUCAUCGUGGACUGGACAGAUGAUGAUACAGUAUCCUGGCUCAUAGAGUGUGCCGUGUCACAGGGCUUCUGUGAGUAUGACGUCCCGUUCUAUAAUUUCAAAGUUUGCGGAGUGGAACUCUCUAAUAUGAGACGUGAAGAAGUUAUCCAAAGAAUGGCACAUCCAAACGUCGAUCUAAAUCUGUCGAAGAAAAUAGGAGAAAUUGUUUACGAUAAACUGCAGGCCCGUCUCAGUGAAGAGAUCCACAGACAGACUUCGGUAUUCAGAUACGCGGAGAGUGACCCGUACACACAGCAGGAAACAGUGCAGUCAGUGUUAGAUCUUGAUAAACAUAGGUUAUAUACGUCGGACUAUAAGCCGAACGACAGCAGUCUGCUACCGGCAUCUGAUUCCAGUGAUGACGCGGAGGAUGUAUUCCGUACCUCGGCGCCGGCAUCUCCCUUCUCCUACGGAAGUGAUAGUAAGUCAGGAGACGAAGAAGAGAAAAGGAAAAUUCCCAAAAGACUCCCAGGGAGGCCUAAGGGAAGCGGCAAGAACAGAUUCAAGAGACCCAGAAGUGUGUCCGUCCCAGAGUUUCUGAGGAACCUGUUGUUCGACGAGAGAUACUGUCCAUCUAUUAUCAAAUGGGAAGACUAUUCGCAGGGCAAGUUCAGGUUCGUGAAACCGGACGAGGUGGCCAAGCUGUGGGGCCAGAUGAAGCAGAAUGACAACAUGACCUUCGAGAAGUUCAGUCGGGCGAUGCGAUACCACUAUCGGCAGAACGUGCUGGUCUCCGUGCCGACGGCGCGGCUCGUGUACCAAUUCGGACACAAGGGACCGGACUUCAAGACCCAGAACCCGAAUUUCGUCAAGGUCAAGUCGGAAAUGGACCUCCAAGAUAUGCCGUACUCGUAGUUGAAUCAUUGUUAUUUAAGAAAUUUGAAGUUAUGCUCAUGUUAGACGGAAAGGAAUAAAGUUAAUGUUUGAUGUUUGUUAGGAACGCAACCCUCGUGGGGAUCGUGAAGCAGGAGACGGACUCUUAUAAGUACUCGUCUUCCGAACGAGGUCUCAGAAUGUUUUUAGAGUCGCCUUCAGAGAGCUGCGUCUGUAAAGCUGUUUGAAAGGAUAAGUUCUUGUCUUAGGAUGUUGUAGGAAGAGAGGAGUCAUUGGUUGUAUGAUGUAUCGCUGUUCAGGAUGUUAUGAAUGUAAAAUGAACUCGAUGUUUCCGUCACAAUGGUUGUUCAAGGAUUUGAUUAUUGGAUCGUUCCGUCAAUUAAUGGUUGUAAAGUCCUUGUUAAAGUGUCCAUAUUAUUUUUUUAAGUGCUUAUAACAUUUUUACAAAUGAUUUUUAUCCACGUGAGAUUUUGUGGUGUAACUUUUCAAGGUUGUUCAGAGUUACGAAUUUUUGAUAAAGUAUUUUUAAUGUUUCGAUCGUUGUUACCAUAUGAAUAAGGUUAGUUAGUUCGUACAUUAUUGUAGUUAGUAUUAAAAAAGACAUUCCGAUUUUAUUUAUAUAAUAUUCAGUAAGGUAAGGAUCAAUCUCUUUUCCUUAGAAGUAAUCGAUGUUGCCAUACUUAUUGUUUCGAGGUACUUAAUUAUAAUAUUGUUGCAAUUAUUUUAAAUUUUUAUUUUAUCAAAUAAUAGAUAAGAUCAUUUAUUAUUAUUUAUAAUAAGCUCUCAGUGUUAGAUAAUAUAUUAUAAUUAAUAAAUGAAAGGUCGCAUGAAUGUGCAAUAAAGUGACAAGAGAAAGAUCUGUAGGCCAAAGAUAAUAUAGGAGGAUAUUGAAGCACGCGCUUGAUGGAAAAUAUAAAACAUUUUGACAUUAUAAAUGUGCUGUACAAAUGACUCUCAGGCAAUCGCUGUGAUGUUAAGUAAAUCGUUUUUAUUUAUGUAUAUAGUUCUGGAAGCAACGAUUUCUGUUAACGAUAAUAAUACGAGUAUACAGAUGAUAUCGAUACUGUCUCUAACUCCACUACUCUUGGACGUCGUGUAGUUCACGGCGUGUAUUUUUUAGCUCUCAUAAGUAAUAUUUAAGAUCUUCUAUUUAGUAUUAAUGAUUGUCAAUUUUCAACUCCAGUACAAAUAUUGUGUCUUUAGAUAUUUUGAAAAUAAUAUUUCGAAGUAUUCAGUAUUCUGAUGGACGAAGACGACAUGUUAGGAUAAAGUUACAUUAUAUGUAAGGUCGGUCGCGCGGCAUUCGUUACAUGUAAACAUUAUAAUAAAGUUGUAUUUAACAUAAUCUGUAAGAGUAUGAUCUUAACCGAAUCAAUUUACCGUUUGACUGACAUAAUGACAUAGAACAAAAAAUAACUUUUUCCUCGUGUUGUGUUUUACGAUAUGAAAGACAUAUAUUUUUUUUUUGAUAAAUUGUUAAUAAAAUGAAAUAUAAUUAUAUUUUUGUUUUACGCUAAGUUUUGUUAAAUAGUUAUUUAAAUAUAUUUUUAAUCUGAAAUACAAAUAAUUUUAAAUAGUAAUUUAGUUGACCAUCAUCACAAUGAAGUGCAAGAGGACGCUCAGCUCAGCAGCAAAAGCUAUUUAUGUACACGAUUUUAUGAAAUAGAAAAGAAAUAUACGAAUUAUGAAUGUGACAA